GAUCGGCUACUGACGUCGCCAUGUCCACCUCGGAUGAUGUGGACGGGAUGGUCCGUCCUCACUAUGGCUCUGUGCUGGACGAUGAAAGGCUUACAGCAGAGGAGAUGGAUGAGAGGAGGCGUCAAAAUGUAGCCUAUGAAUACCUCUGUCAUUUGGAGGAAGCAAAGAGAUGGAUGGAGGCCUGCUUGAUGGAGGACCUACCUGCUACUACAGAACUUGAAGAGGGUCUCAGAAAUGGAGUCUACCUGGCAAAACUCGGAAACUUCUUUAGCCCAAAAGUUGUGUCACUAAAGAAAAUCUAUGAUCGGGAACAGACCAGAUAUCGUGCUACUGGCCUUCACUUCCGGCACACAGACAAUGUGAUUCAGUGGCUCAAUGCAAUGUCAGAGAUUGGCCUUCCAAAGAUCUUUUAUCCUGAGACUACAGACAUCUAUGACCGGAAGAAUAUGCCCCGUUGUAUAUACUGCAUCCAUGCCUUGAGUUUGUACCUGUUUAAACUUGGCUUGGCCCCACAGAUCCAGGACUUGUACGGGAAGGUCGAAUUUACAGCGGAAGAGAUUGAUAUCAUGAAGAGUGAACUGGAGAAGUAUGGCAUUCAAAUGCCAGCAUUUGGCAAAAUUGGGGGGAUCUUGGCCAGUGAGCUGUCAGUGGAUGAAGCUGCAUUGCAUGCCGCUGUAAUUGCCAUCAACGAAGCAAUUGAUCGAGAAGUUCCUGCGGAAACCUUCACCGCACUCAAGAAUCCCAAUGCCAUGCUAGUGAACCUUAAUGAGCCUCUGGCUAAUGUGUAUCAGGAUGCACUCUAUCAAGCAAAGCAGCAUAAAAUGGGCAAUGCUAAGAAGCGGGUGAAGAGUGCAGGAGAUGAGCGGGAUGUAUAUGAGGAACUACUGACCCAAGCAGAAAUUCAAGGCAAUGUCAACAAAGUAAACUUGCGAGCAGCCAUAGACCGCGUUGACUAUGCAUUGGAGUCCGGCAGCCCUCCUGUCUUGUUUGAUGCACUUAGCAGUCAAUCACUUUCAAUGAGAGGACUGCAGAGAGACAAUGCUGAGUGGUAUCUAAAACAGCUGCAGAGCGAUAAGCAGCAGAAACUAGAGAAUGGCCUCAGUGGACCCUUACAGAAGGAAGAGUUACAGGCUGGAGUUGAUGGUGCCAAUGGCCUAUCUCAGCAGUUACAGAGAAGGAUGACUGCAGUCGUCAGGAUUAAUAAUGCCAUCCGAAACGGCGUUGCUGAAGAGACGGUGCAAGAGCUGAUGAACCCAGAUGCCCAGCUGCCAGAAGUAUACCCAUUUGCACAAGAUCUGUAUCAAAGAGAACUGGCCACACUGCAGCAGCAGAGCCCAGAGGGUAACCUCACUCACCCAGAGCUCUCAGUUGCUGUGGAAAUGUUGUCCUCUGUGGCUCUAAUUAACAGAGCUUUGGAUGCCGGAGAUGUAAACACUGUUGGUAAGCAGCUGACCAUUCCCGUCACUGGUCUGAUGGACGUGGAAGAUGAGAACCUUCAGAGGUACGUAGAUGAACUGAUUAAGCUAAAACAACAGGCUCGGGAAGAAGGGAAUGAGUUUAUUACAUGGAAUGACAUCCAAGGCGCUGUUACACAGGUUAAUAAUACAGUACAUGAAGAGCAUGCCAGGAUAUUGGCUAUUGGGCUCAUCAAUGAAGCUUUGGAUGAAGGGGAUCCUAGGAAGACCCUACAAGCCCUACAGCUGCCAGCAGCAAAACUGGAAGGAGUAGAUCCUAAUGUAGCUCAGCAUUACCAAGACACCCUGGUCCGAGCAAAAAGAGAGAAGGCUCAGGAAACAAAAGAUGACUCUGCAGUUCUGUGGCUGGAUGAAAUCCAAAACGGAAUAUUGCGCUCCAACGGUGAAACAGAAGACGCCCAAAGAUUCGCUCGUGGUAUCUUGGCUGUUAACGAGGCUGUAGACAGAGGUGACAGUGCCCAGACGCUCAGUGCCCUGAGAUCUGCAGAUGUUGGACUCUACGGCGUGACAGCAGAAUGUGCUCAGACCUAUCAAAAUGAGUUGGCGGAAUUAAAGAGCAAUAAAACCGCACAAGGGGACAAUGGAAGCGAGUGGGUACAGCACUGGGUGAAAGGUGGUUAUCAUUAUUACUUUAAUCUGCAUAGUAAUGAUGGUGGAUGGGAAGAACCACCAGGAUUUGCACCGAACAAUACUCAGCUCUCCAAAGAGGACAUUCAGGCUACCAUUUCAGGUGUUUCAGCUGCAUAUAACCGGAAACAACUAUGGCUUGCCAAUGAAAACCUUAUUACUAAACUGCAAGCCCGGUGUCGUGGCUAUCUCAUACGCAGGCAGUUUAACACUAGGAUAAAAUUCUUAAAGGAACAGGUCCCUGCUGUAACAUGUAUUCAGGCCCAUUACAGAGGACAGAAGCAGAGGAAGGCAUUCAGAGAUCGCAAGGCGUAUCUGAACAAUCACAGUGAUGAAGUUGUUAAGAUUCAGUCCUACACAAGAAUGUAUCAGGCCAGGAAGCGCUACAGAGAUAGACUAAAGUACUUCAGAGACCACAUUGAUGAUAUUGUAAAAAUCCAAGCCUUCAUCCGAGCUAACAAAGCACGAGAUGACUACAAAACCUUGAUCAAUGCCGAAAACCCACCCAUGGCAGUAGUCCGUAAAUUUGUCCAUCUUCUGGACCAAAGUGACCAGGAUUUCCAGGAGGAGCUCGAAGUCAUGAAGCUGAGGGAGGAAGUAGUGACCCUAUUGAGAUCCAACCAGCAGCUAGAAAAUGAUCUUAAUCUCAUGGACAUCAAGAUUGGGCUUCUUGUAAAAAACAAAAUUACAUUACAGGAUGUUGUCUCCCAUAGUAAGAAGUUGACUAAGAAGAACAAGGAGCAGCUCUCUGAUAUGAUGGCAUUAAACAAGCAGAAGGGAGGCUUAAAGGCACUAAGCAAAGAGAAGCGAGAGAAGCUGGAAGCUUACCAGCAUCUCUUCUAUUUACUGCAGACUAAUCCAACCUACUUGGCAAAACUGAUUUUCCAAAUGCCCCAAAACAAGUCUACCAAGUUCAUGGACUCUGUUAUAUUUACUCUCUAUAAUUAUGCAUCCAAUCAAAGAGAAGAAUACCUACUCUUGCGCCUCUUCAAGACCGCCCUCCAGGAGGAGAUCAAAUCUAAAGUGGACAUGAUUCAAGAAAUAGUCACAGGAAACCCCACUGUAAUCAAGAUGGUGGUAAGUUUUAACCGAGGGGCUCGUGGACAGAAUGCUUUGAGGCAAAUCCUGUCACCGGUAGUGAAGGAGAUCAUGGAUGACAAGUCGCUUAACAUCAAAACUGACCCUGUGGACAUUUACAAGUCAUGGGUCAACCAGAUGGAAUCUCAGACUGGAGAAGCCAGCAAACUGCCAUAUGAUGUUACACCAGAGCAAGCAAUGUCACAUGAGGAGGUCAGGACCAGACUGGAUUCUUCCAUCAAAAACAUGCGCGCAGUGACUGACAAGUUCCUGUCUGCCAUUGUCAGCUCAGUUGAUAAGAUCCCUUAUGGCAUGCGUUACAUUGCCAAGGUCCUGAAGGAUACACUUCAUGAGAAGUUUCCUGAUGCUGGAGAAGAUGAGCUGGUCAAGAUUGUGGGAAACCUGUUGUAUUAUCGCUACAUGAACCCAGCUAUUGUGGCCCCUGAUGCCUUUGAUAUUAUUGAUAUAUCUGCUGGUGGUCAGCUCACCACAGAUCAGCGCCGAAACCUGGGCUCCAUUGCCAAGAUGCUUCAACAUGCUGCGUCCAACAAGAUGUUUUUAGGAGACAAUGCCCAUCUGAGCAUCAUCAAUGAGUAUCUCUCUCAGUCCUAUCAGAAAUUCAGACGGUUUUUCCAAUCUGCCUGUGAAGUUCCAGAGCUGGAGGAUAAGUUUAAUGUGGAUGAAUAUUCUGAUCUGGUCACCCUUACUAAGCCAGUUAUUUAUAUUUCUAUUGGAGAGAUUGUUAAUACACACACGCUCCUUCUAGACCAUCAGGAUGCAAUAGCACCAGAACACAAUGACCCGAUCCAUGAGCUGUUGGAUGAUCUUGGGGAGGUGCCUACAAUUGAGUCUCUCAUAGGUGAAGGGCCAGGAGCUGGAGCAGAUGCCAACAAGGAGGCACUAGGAAAGACUGAGGUGUCUCUAACUCUAACCAACAAGUUUGAAGUUAUAGGGGAUGAGGACGCAGAGAAGAAUGCAAGGACUAUUCUGUUAAAUACAAAACGCUUGAUUGUUGAUGUCAUUCGGUUCCAACCUGGGGAAACUUUGACAGAAAUCCUGGAAACGCCAGCAACCAAAGAACAGGAAACAGACCAUCAGAGAGCCAUGCAGAGGCGAGCAAUUCGGGAUGCAAAGACUCCAGAUAAAAUGAAAAAGGCCACAUCUCUACGACAAGACAACAAUCUAACACUGCAAGAGAAAAAGGAAAAGAUAAAAGCUGGCCUCAAGAAGCUAUCAGACCUUGGAAUGGUGAAUCCAGAAAGCCGGUACCAGGAUCUCAUUAAUGACAUUGCCAAGGACAUUCGUAAUCAAAGGCGAUAUCGGCAGAGAAGAAAGGCUGAACUGAUGAAGCUCCAGCAGACUCAUUCUGCUCUCAGCUCAAAGGCUGUGUUUUAUGAAGAGCAAGUAGACUAUUACAAGAGUUACAUCAAGACUUGCCUGGACAACCUAGCAAGCAAGGGCAAAGUGUCCAAGAAACCAGGUGGGAUGAAGAAGAGCAAGAAGAUAUCUCUUAAAUACACAGCAGCCCGGCUCCAUGAGAAAGGUGUGCUGCUAGAGAUUGAGGAUCUACAAGGGAACCAGUUUAAAAAUGUGAUCUUUGAAAUAUCUCCUACGGAAGAAGUUGGUGAUUUCGAAGUAAAAGCCAAGUUCAUGGGUGUUCAGAUGGAAACAUAUAUGCUGCAUUAUCAGGACCUUCUCCAGCUGCAGUAUGAGGGUGUUGCGGUUAUGAAGAUGUUUGACCGAGCAAAGGUCAACGUAAACCUUCUCAUCUUCCUUCUAAACAAGAAAUUCUAUGGAAAGUAAAGUCAGGAGAUCCUCAUGAUCUGGGGGCUGGAGGAGCUGGUGGAAGAGGCACCAUGUUGCCUUCCUGUCAUUGAGACAUGACAUCUACAAAACGGCGCAAAAUGCUUCUGUACACAUUAAGGGCUGUAUGCCUUCACUCUGCCAGGACUGUAUUUUACUCUGUGAUGCCACCUGUAUAAUACAGUGGUGACUACAGUGUUAAUGAAAAUUUCUCUUGGAGGUAACUUAGCAUAGAAUAGAAGUGGUCUAGCAGAGUCGCACUAUAACUGCAUAUUUAGAUACAUAUUAUACAAUGUAUUGUUUAAUGUAGUUUACAGUGAUUGUUCUAGUAUCUUCCAGGAUCACUAUUCAUUGACUGUUUUUAAACAUGGAACUGUAUGAUCUAUAUUGAAUAGUGCGGGCACUUUUUUUUUUUUUU